AGAAGGAAAAAAACAUACUUCUGACAUAACAGAGAAAGGAAGGGUGUCUUUAUUGACCUUUACAACGUCUCGGGGGGACCUAUUCUCGUAACGCGCUUCAGCGUCUUCACACCAGCGGAGAUUUUUAAACCUCGUACAACACUCGCAGGCGCACCUAUUCAUAUCCAAGACGGCUCACCUGGCUGCAACGCAGUCUGCGCGUUCUCACACACAUACAUACACAAAAACUAAACUCGUACCGCCUUUUUCCUUUACUACCUCGACAAAAGACUGUAGCAAUACACCAAUAAAAAAAAUACGCUGAGUGUGCUGCUUCUGUUCUUAUCCGUUAAAUCUUGUCUGAAUCAAUUCUCUUCUUCUUUUUUUGCUUGUUUGUUUUGUCCCUUGUCCUGCGCUAGCCGCGUCGUCAUACAUCUACGGGAGGUCCAUCCAACCACCCCUUUAUCUCCUAUUUUUGUUUGUUUUAGUCAAUUCGGAGGAAGCGAUCCGAUAUACGCCCACUGCUGUACUUGAAAGGACGAACCACGCACAUACACACUCACUCAGAGACAUCCAAACGGCGGUGCUCUCUACACAUAAAUAUAUAUAUCUACUAACCUUACAGAGAAAAAAGCUGCAAGGACAAUGAGUCAGCUGUACACAGCGUUGGUGAAUGAGACGGUGGUGGAGGCGGUGCAGGUGGCACUGGAUAACUACGCCGCAGCGCAUCGCACCGGCCCAGAGGUCAGCACGCUGCCUGGCGUGGUGACGUCCGCAGAAGAAGACGUCAUUCGCAGGGCCGUGCUCGUGGGAUUUCAGAGCCUGCGUCAUGUGCAGAGUACCAUCACAACUGCAAACCAAAAUACGCUGAACAACGGUGUCGCCGUGAAUGACGACGCGCAGGCGCUGCAUACGGCGAGGGCCGGCGCGGCUGCGUCGCUGCAGGAGGCGCUGUCGUGUCUCAUGCACAACGCUACCGCCAUGCAGGAUGUGGUGCAGCAGGUUGCCAUGUGCAUUCGUGCGCACCUUGGCGACAACCACCGGCCCGGCACGCACGACGCGGAGACAGUGGCGUCCAUCUAUCAAGCGGCACCAGAAGUAACGCAGGUACUGGAGGCUGCCAUGGAGCAGCAGCUGGCGUGGAGGGAAAGUGAAGCAGCUGCGGAACGCGGUGCUGCUGAAGCAUCGUACUCUUCCAUUGUGUCGCACCACCUCAGCGCCGUCUCCGCUGCGCAGUGGAUGUGGCUCGCCGCAACGCUCGUGAUGGGUUACCUCGUCGUGCGGCUCCUCUUCGGUCGGGUGCUGGGCCUCGGCGACGCGCUCAGCCGCCGCCGUCGCCGCCGCCGCACGACGGUGCUGAUUGGCCUCCCCGGCAGCGGCAAAACGGCACUGUUUGGGCAGCUCGUGCGCCGGAUGCAGCUGCGCGAGACGCGGACGAGUAUGCGGGAGAACGUCGGCUCGUUGCUGGUAGCGACGGAGCGGGGGAUGCCGGCGACGGCGCCGGGUGUGCGUAUUGUGGACUGCCCCGGACACCCGCGCUUGCGGGAGCGUAUGCUGACUGCGGUGGGCGAGGCGGUAAACGUUGUCGUCGUGAUCGAUGCUGUGACGGUGCAGGACAGCCAGCACGAGGGCGUCGCCGCACUGGCGGAGCUCCUGCUCGGUGUGCUGCAAUCGCCGGAGUUCUACGGUGUGCACAAAUUGCUGUUUGCGUGCACGAAGCGGGACGAGGUCACGAGCUACGCGGCGAAGGCGGUACGGAAGUUGUUAGAGGCCGCGAUGGUGGCCUCGAUCGCGUCACGGCAGAACGCGAUGGGCCGCGUGGAGAGUGUGCGGGACAGCAAUAACACGGUGAUCUCGAGCAAGAGGGGCAAGUUGGGUGGCGGUAGUGGUCGUCGGUAUGUGCUGUCGGUGGAAGGUGGCGACGGCAGUGGCGGUGGUGCAUGCGCAGGGGCAGCGCGCGAUGUCACGCGUGGUCACCUACGUGGUGCCACAGCAGCGGCGGUAAGCGCUGCGGGUGCCCGCGGUGUUGGUGGGAAGAGGUUUUCGUUUGAGCAGCUGGGCAUUCCGCUUGCCUUUGUUGAUGUGAGCAGCCGCCCGCACCCGACAGAGCACAAGUACUCGGUGUCGCCGAUUGAAGAGUUUAUUCUCGAGGGAUGA